CACAAAUGCUCCAACCCUCCUGUUCUUCCAUUUAAAACCACCACCCCCCACCUCCUCCACUGCUCCCGCUGCCGCACCACCCACUACUGCCCCCCCAAUCGCCGAUCCGCCCACUGGCCCUCCCACAAGGCCAAAUGCCACCGCCCCAACUACGUCCUCCAGUUCUCCCUCCUCCCCCUCAACAUCACCAACCCUGCCAUCGCCCGCACCCUCUCCUGCCCAUCCUCGGCCAAGUUUUCCCACCUCCGCUCGGCCCUCCAGAUCGCCUGCUAUAAUGAUGGGAAAUUGGAUGAUUUGUUGACAUGUGGGAGAAGCUCAAGGAGGCGUAUCGGGCGGCGAGGCCGACGGCGGAGCAGAGGGAGAAGAUGAAGUGGUAUGGGACGGUUUGUGUCAAUGGUGACAGGCAGGGUCUGUGCGGGGAUAGGGUGUACGUGUGGGACAAAUGACGAGCUGCUGGAGUUGUCGAUUGAUAAUCGAGUAUGAAAAGCACAAGUUUGUAUAGAUAUAGAACACUUUGACAUAGAAAGGCAACGCGAACCUUUUCGGCAAUCCGUCUCCCUUAAAAGUUCUGUAUUUGACGCCAUCGCCUCGACUUCAGCAUACCCUUUGGCCGAGCGAGAAGUCCUUGACCACUGGUGGCUAUUCUAGAGGUAUACAUGCCAAUAAAUGUCCAUCAUACAGAAAGCCAUUCUCUAAAAGAGAGCAUAGGUCGCAAGGAAGGUAACGUCACAAUUCCCCCGCACCGGGUCGAGCCUUUUUCCGAGACCCUGUCCCACUCGACUGCCAUGAACCUACCUAUCAUCCGAUGUUGCACUGGCCCUUCUGAUGGCGUUUUCAACCAUCAUGCUUGCCAAAAUCAUCAACUGGUAAUGGACAGUAUUCCGGCCGACGCACAUACCCGGGAGGUGUUUUACGUUGGCGGCGAAUAUGUUGAUGACGGCACCGGCAAUGAGACGGUAUACGGGCAGGUGUAUGUCGAGCACCUCGUCCCAGUCCGUACACCCCUUCAGAAAUACCCCAUAGUCUUCAUCCCUGGAAGCAGUCGCACAGGCAUUGACUUCCUCACCACCCCAGCCAACAACGACAACACCAACUCGCCCACCCAACAAAGCUGGUCCUCCCACUUCCUCUCCCUCUCCCACGAGCUCUACCUCAUCGACCCCCCCUUCCGCGGCCGCUCCCCCUGGCACCCUCCCAACCACCUCUCCUCCUCCUCCUCCUCCCCAUACCUCACCUUCGGCGCGGGCCCCCUCCAAAAAGCCUGGGCCACCCCGCCCUCCUCCACCCAAUGGCCCGACAGUCCCCCCGCAGGCAAAGGCUCCCCCGCCUUCGACCACGUCAUGAGGUCGACCCACCCGCAGCUCGCCAACCUGGCAGAAGAGCAAUCCGUCGCCCAAAAGUCUCUGGCGGCCCUCCUGGACAAGAUCGGCAAGCCCGCCAUCCUCCUGGCUCACAGCAUGGGCUGCAAGAUAGCCUGGCUGCUCGCCGACGCGCGGCCGGGGCUGGUGAGGGCGAUUGUGGCCGUGGAGCCUGCCGGGCCGGCGUUUCAGAUGAGGGGGAUGGGGGGGUUGAGGAAGGAGCCGACCGUGUUUGGGCUGACCGAGGUGAGGUUGGGGUUUGAGCCUGCGGUUGGGGAGGGGGGGGAGGGGUUGAGGAGGCGGUUGGUCAAGCCGGGGGAGGAGGGGCUGUUGGAGUGUUGGCUUCAGGACGAUGGGGAAGCCGGGGAGGUGAGGAAGCUGGUGAAUUUGAGAAGGGUGGAGGUGUUGGUCGUGACGGGGGAGGGGUCGCCUCAUAAGGGGUAUGACUGGGGGACGGUGGAGUUUUUGAGGCAGGCUGGGGUGGAGGGGGUGGAGCAUUUAGUGCUGAGGGGAGAGGCGGGAGGGGUUCUGGAGGGGAGGGGGGGAGGGGGGAACGGACAUAUGAUGAUGUUGGAGAGGAAUAGGGGGCGGAUUGGGGAGGUUUUGGGCCAGUGGGUUGGGAGGAGGGUGUGA